AUGGCAGAAAAUGCCACACAUCACCCCAUUUCCUCUUUCUUCCUGGUUGGUAUUCCUGGAUUGCAAGAGUUUCACAGCUGGAUUGGCAUUCCUGUCUGCCUGCUCUUGGCCCUGACCUUGCUGGGGAACACUAUGAUCAUUACCACUGUUACGCUAGAACCAAGCCUCCACCAGCCCAUGUAUUUCUUCCUUUGCAUGCUGGCCAUGAAUGACAUGGGCCUUGUCAUUUCCCCAGCUCUCAAGAUGCUUGCCAUCUUCUGGUUUGAUGCACACUGGAUUGAUUUUGAUGUCUGCCUAAUGCAAAUGUAUUUUAUCCACACGCUUUGCAUUAUUGAGUCAAGCAUCUUGGUUGCCAUGGCUUUUGAUCGCUAUGUAGCCAUUUGCAUCCCGCUGCAGUAUACAACUAUUCUGACAACAUCAAUGGUGAUUAAAAUUGGUCUUGUUGGUUUGGCCCGAGCUACGGUGAUGGUUUUACCAUGUCCUCUUCUCAUUAAGAGGCUGCCUUACUGUCUGAAAUAUGUCAUUGAUCAUGCCUACUGUGAACACAUGGCUGUAGUAAAGCUAGCCAGUGCCAACACCCAUGUUAACAGAGUGUAUGGGAUGUUUGUGGCCCUUUCAGUCAUGACAUUGGACAUAGGACUGAUAGCCACAUCCUAUGUAAAAAUCCUGCAAGCUGUCUUCAGGCUGUCUUCUCAGAACUCCCGCUCAAAAGCUCUGGGCACCUGUGUUGCCCACGUCUGUACCAUUCUUGUCUUCUACACACCUCCACUGUUCAGCUUCUUAACUCAUCGUAUUGGUAAGAACGUUUCCCCUAGUGUCCACAUAAUCUUUGCAAGUGUGUACCUCCUUGUGCCCCCUACAGUCAAUCCCAUUGUGUACGGUGUCAAAACAAAGCAGAUUCGGGACCGAGUUGUGGGUUUCUUCUUCCUAAGUAAAAAUACCCUCUGA